AUGUCUCGCUUCGCCGUCCUCGCCACCGCGUUCUGCGCGAUCCUCGCUUCCGUCUCUGGUUCGCCCGUGGCGACCAACGAGACUGUCACCCUCGAGAAGCGUAUCACGCACACCGGCCGGGGCACUUGGUACGAAGUCGGUCUCGGUGCCUGCGGGUACAACGACAUCGACAGCUCUUACAUCGUCGCCAUCUCUCACGAGAUCUACAACAACGGCGGUAACUGCAACCAGUACAUGCGUAUCGAGAACACUGCCAACGGCGCUGUCGCCUACGGCCAGACUCGCGACGAGUGCAUGGGAUGUGACGCGACUGCCAUUGACCUGAGCCCUUCGCUCUUCCAGGCUCUCGGUGCCGACCUCGGGGAGGGCGUCCUCAGCCUCUCCUGGCACUUCAUGUCCAAGGACUGGAAGCCCUAA